AUGACCUGGAAUGGAACUGGAAAUAUGACUAAAACUGAGGGAAUUUUGAAUGCGACAAAAUACGUAGAGAUAUUGCAAGAUAAUUUAUUUGAAAGCAUGUCAAAAUUGCGUAUUAAGGUUGACUUCUUCGAAAAAGACAGUGGCCCUAAACAUACAGGUAGGGGAACAAGAAGCACCACAUUCUGCUGUUAUCUCUUGGUAGGAACCGCAGCAUAUUUCUGCUACAAAAAUGCCCUGAACUGUGGUUUCGUUUUCGAUGACAUGUCUGCCAUUCGAGAUAAUAAAGAUCUGAGACCAACAACACCUUUCCUUAACAUCUUUUGUAAUGACUUUUGGGGAACUCCUAUACGAAAAGAGCAGAGUCAUAAAUCUUAUCGCCCACUGUGCGUCCUUACGUAUCGUGUUAACUACUACUUCCACAAGUUACAGCCCUUUGGAUACCAUUUGACAAAUAUUGUUUUGCACAGUGUCGUAUGCUUGUUGUACAUGAGAAUAUGCGCCAUGUUCGUUCCGAAAACAACAGCAUUUUUAGCAGCUUUACUUUUUGUAGUUCAUCCUAUCCACACUGAAGCAGUAACUGGAGUUGUAGGUAGAGCUGAAAUUUUGUCUUCACUGUUCUUUUUGCUUGCCUUCCUGUGUUAUUCCGGAGCAGCUACUUCAUUUCCAAGAACAGAUUGGUUGUGUAUGUCAUUAUGCACAGUAUUUGUUGGUAUGGCCACAUUUUGCAAAGAACAAGGAAUAACAGUCGUCGGAGUGUGCUGUGUAUAUGAAAUUUUCAUAGUCCAUCGACUUAGGUUAGCAGAAAUGUUCCAGGCUAUUCAAUCUUCAAAAACUCAGUUUGGAUUGAGAGAUGCAGGAAUGCGAAUGGCAUCUUUAGCCGCAUGUGCUGUCUUUCUUCUAUUGCUGAGACUGAAUAUUAUGGGCGCUCAACUUCCAGUUUUUACAAAAUUUGACAAUCCUGCGGCUGCAGCUGCAACUCCAGCUCGUCAACUUACGAUGCACUACUUAGUAGCCUUGAAUAGCUGGUUGCUGUUCUAUCCUUGUGAUCUCUGCUGUGAUUGGACAAUGGGCACCGUUCCACUCGUGGAGUCCUUCUCAGAUCCGCGCAAUGCAGCAACUAUGGCAUUCUACUUAAUUUUUGGAGCUAUGCUGUGGACCAGUAUAUGGGAAGAUGACUCCAGAUCAAGAACUAUUUUAAUGGGUGCAGCAUUUUUAGCUUUUCCCUUCUUGCCUGCAUCAAAUUUAUUUUUUCCUGUCGGUUUUGUGAUCGCAGAAAGAAUACUUUACACACCAAGCAUGGGAUUCUGUUUACUUCUGUCUUAUGGAUGGAGCCUUCUUCAUAAUAGGAUAAAGUUCAAGUCUCUGUCAUGGUGUCUGAUACUCCUUGUUAUUUUCAUGUAUGCUGCUAAAACCGUCCAUCGUAAUUUCGAUUGGCAAGAUGAGUAUACUAUUUUUAUGGCUGGUAUUCGAGUAAACCAACGGAAUGCCAAACUCUACAACAAUGUUGGACACUCUUUAGAGAGCCAUGGUAAACAUUUAGAAGCCUUGGAAUAUUUUCAAAGAGCCGUCAGUGUUCAACCAGAUGACAUCGGAGCCCACAUCAACGUGGGAAGAACGUUCCACCACCUGCAGAUGUAUGAAGAAGCAGAAAAGGCUUUUCGGAAGGUGAGACAAAAAGGAAUGUAUUUUUUUCACGUGCACAUUCGAGAAUUUCUUACUGUUUAAA